ACAGAGAACCAAUUUAAUUUUGUAAGCACGGGUUGUGGGUAUGCGUUACAAGUACACUCUUGGCGUUUUCGUGAAUUUUAGGUGUUACCGUGGUAUUUGUUAAAUUUCUCUGAAAUAGGAAGUUAAUUUGUGAUAUUUUAUAAAACGAUUGUUUUUGGGAUGGCACACAGCAGAACUGAACUUCCACAUAUACCGACAACUAAAGCAUCCGUGGUUUCUUAUCCCCAUCAGUCAAUAGAUUAUAUAAAAGAGAUACCGAAAUGUGAUCGUCAGAGCUUAGUUGAAUGGAGAUUAGGUGUUCAGGAAUCAAUUACUGUGGGAAUACUUGAAAAAAUUUCACUUCUAAAGGCUGAUAUGAUUGAACAUCUUAAAAGGUCAAACUUUCUGGAGCACGAACAGAAGUCUCAAAAGGAUAUUCUCAUCAACGAAAUUAAAACCCUACUUCAAAGCAUUGAGAAAAUCGAUUUAGAAGUUCGUAAAUUUGAAGAAAAUGUACGAGAUAAAUGGUCUACGGUGAAAGAUGCCGCUGUAAACCUAAAAAAUUUAGAAAAUCAUCAUUUAACUAGCUUAACGGAUGUAAGAAGUCGCAUAACGCGUUGUGACCAAGCUAUAUCGACAUUAUCACAAAGAACAAAUCAAACAAUUGAAGAAGUACGCCAAUUGGUGGAUACUCAUAAACAUGAUAUAAAUGAAUUGAAUGGUCAACUUAAAUUACAUGAACAUAAGUUUGCUGAAAUAACAAAUCAAAUUGAUCGUGAUAAUGUUAAAUUUAACUCCGCUGUUCAGCGUUUAGAGGAGACAUUAUAUAAACAAAUUGCCGAUGUUGAAAGACGUUUACAACAAAAGAUCAGUGAAUUACAGAAUGAAAUUCAAGUAUCUAUUCAACAAUGUCAAGAUGAAAAAAGAUCCUUAGAAUCACGUUUGCUUGAUAGUAUACACACAAUGGCAGCAAACCUUGAAAAUCGUAUUGCAUUUGUUGAAGAGAAAACAAAUGAAUUAAAAAUUGAUGAAGAAUUAUACGAUCGAGUUGAUAAUAUCGAAGCAAAUUCAUCAAAUUUUAAACAACAAGUUUUGAGAACAUUUAAAGAAAUAGAAACUCGAAUGAAUAAACUUUCUGAUGAUUUAUAUGAACACCAUAGUCAAACAAUUGAAACAGUACGUGAAGAAAUGCGUCAAGGUUUUCAUACAAUGCAUGAUACAUUAACUAGUGCAAAAUCUGUAUUAGAAAAUAAAUUACGUAUAUCUGAAGAAACAUUACAUAUGGAAUUAAGUCAAUUAAGAAAAUUAAUAGUUUUAGUAUAAACUGAUCAUUUGUUUAAAUUAUUAACAAUGAAUGAUAAAGUAUGAUAUUCACUUCAUUUCACUUAAUCGGAUAGAAACAUAUUCUUUAAAACAAAUUAUCUACAUUAAAUGUUCCUUUUUUACAUUGGAAUCUUGUAGACAAAUAAUCUAUAUACUGUUUUAUUAUUAUUGUCUAUUGUAUAUGUGGUUAUUAUUGUUCUUUAUAAUACUACUGAAAUAUGUACCUUCUAAUUAUUAUAAGUAGUAUGUUUCUGUAUACGUAUUUUACAAUGUGUUUCUUAUUAAAUGAUUUUUUACUCCUGUUUACUAGAAACGACUUCCUACAUUAUUUGAAACUUCAUUGUUUAAUGAGUUAUAUUUACGAUAAAACAAUUAAUUCAGUAACUAUUUCAUUGAAGAAUGGUAACAAGUGUCAUUCAUAAAGUUAAAUUCUUAGAACAAGAAUACAUUACAUAAUUCUCUAAUACAUUUUAUUUAACUGAAUUAUUUUUAAAUAUGAUUUACAUAAAAGUAUCAUUAUAAAAUUCAAAAUUUACGCUGUAAUUACGAUUAACAAUUCAGAUCUGGAAUUCUAAGAGUUAUUGAUACUCCAUUAAACCACAUUUUAAUCUAUUCUAUUCGUUAUUCCAAUCAAAUACCUAAAUCUUUAAGAAAUCAGUUAUUUCUGAGAAAUGUUACUUUUAUUAUUUUGUGAAAUAUAAACUUUUUUUUAAUGCAGGUUAUGAAUGUAUCUCUGUGUUAAGCACUAAUUACUAAAGAAAAUAGAAGUAUAGUUGUUUUCA